AAGCGUUUGCUUGCUUCACACCACCUCGAGCAUCUCGUUAUGUUAUGACUUUGGGGUAAAAUGAAUUAUGUCAAACAUAUCUCAGGUUGUCCUGAUACAAGUACAAACAAGACUGAAUGAGUUCGGCGAGUGUGUUUAAACUUAAGCCACAUCUUCGAAAGUCACUUCGCUUCCUCUUUUGACUUCGGGGUCUUUGAAAGCAGCAGUCAUACCUCUUUAACUUCAGCAACACCAACAUCUCUAAACACGCACUGUAUCACUUCUGUUUGCGUGACAAGACUUUGUCACAUGGCGGGCCUUUGGAGAUCUUAUCAGGCACUGAUGGCCAAACAUCCAUGGACACUGCAGAUUAUAACUGCUGGCUCUCUGGUGGGUGUGGGUGAUGUCAUCUCCCAGCAGCUGAUUGAGCGCCGUGGACUGGCCAAUCACAGUGUGAGACGCACCACCAAGAUGAUGAGCAUUGGCUUCUUCUUUGUCGGUCCAGUAGUCGGUGGAUGGUAUAAGGUGCUGGACAAACUUGUUACUGGUGGUACUAAAAGUGCAGCUUUGAAGAAAAUGCUUGUUGACCAGGUGGGCUUUGCUCCGUGUUUCUUGGGUGCUUUUCUGGGAAUUUCCGGAGCACUCAAUGGACUGACUGUGGAAGAGAAUGUAGCCAAACUCAAGAGGGACUACAUGGAUGCCUUGAUCUCCAAUUACUAUCUUUGGCCUCCGGUGCAGAUCGCCAAUUUUUAUUUCAUCCCUCUCCACCACAGAUUGGCUGUUGUUCAGAUCGUGGCUGUUGCCUGGAACUCUUACCUCUCCUGGAAAGCCAAUAAGAUGUAAUGAGAUGUCCCAGAUUGACCACUACCUCACACACGGGAACAUUUUUGUUUGUAGUUUUUUAACAGUUGAUCUUUAUCAAAUAAAUGUAGUAACCUACUCACACAUAGGUGCACAAAGCUUACAGUUUUCUCAACACAGGUCAAAGUUGACAAUAACGUAAUUCAGACCUCUGACAUUUUAUUAACCUUUGAAAUUAACACUUUCUGUAAAGAAUGUAUAUAUUAAUUCAAUACAUUUGAUUUACCAAUGUUUAGAUGGUGAAUUAUGGUUUGUCAAUAACUAAGAACAGCAGGCCUGUUUGUUACAGGAUGUGACUCCAUUUUGAGUUUUGAGUUUUCAGUGUCUUCUGUGGCCACAGUGAUUAAGUUCAGGAACAUAUGAUUGACAGACAUGUGAAGUUAUGGAUGUUACGUCUUCUACUAGGGCAUUUGCAUUGAUUAACACAAUACAAUGCUGUGUAUAAAAUAAAUCUUUCACAGAAGCCAGAACAUUCAUUUCCUUUAUU